GUGCCGGACGCGUCGGCGUUUUCGCGGCAGUGUCGCGCUGGAGCAAAGAUGGCGGCGGCGAUGACUGUGGCGGUGGCGGCGGGUCCGAGUCUCGGACUGGCGGGGGGUUGCCCGGACUGGACCCAGCAGGCGGAGAGCACCGGGACCACCAUCAUGGCCGUGGAGUUCGAGGGCGGCGUGGUCAUCGGGGCGGACUCGCGCACCACCACGGGGUCCUACAUUGCCAACCGCGUCACGGACAAGCUGACCCAGAUCCAUGACCGCAUCUUCUGCUGCCGCUCCGGCUCCGCCGCGGACACCCAGGCCAUCGCCGACGCCGUCGCCUACCAGCUGGGCUUCCACAGCAUCGAGCUGGACCAGCAGCCCCUGGUGCACACGGCGGCCAACCUUUUCAAGGAGAUGUGUUAUCGGUACCGCGAGGACCUGACGGCCGGGAUUCUGGUGGCCGGCUGGGACAGGCGCAAGGGGGGCCAGGUAUACUCUGUCCCCAUGGGGGGGAUGAUGGUUCGCCAGCCCUUCUCCAUUGGGGGCUCUGGCAGCUCCUACAUAUACGGUUUUGUGGAUGUUUCUUACAAGCCUGGCAUGAGUAAGGAGGAGUGCCUGACUUUCACGGCCAACGCACUCUCCCUGGCCAUGGAUCGCGACGGUUCGAGUGGGGGCGUGAUCCGCCUGGCUGCCAUCACAAAGGACGGCGUGGAGCGCAAGGUCAUUCUCGGCAACGAUCUACCCCGGUUUUCCUCCGUCUGAGAUGGAGGAGUGGGAAGAGGGGUUGCCCCCCGGAUGACGCUAGGAACGGCCUGCACUUGUUGGGGAUGGGAAUUUAUUUUGUCUUCAUGUGUGCUUGAUGAGUAUUAAAGGCAGAGAAUCUCCA